AUGGCGGCGCGAAUUCACGACUGGUGUGCCGUGUGCCGCGGCGACGCCGAGUCGCACGACGACCUGAUCAAGUGCCGAGGCUGCAAGGCCAAGUACCACCUUAACUGCGCGGGCCUUCGGGCGUGGCCCGAGAAUCUCAAGGAGUGGCGUUGCACCGGCUGCGAGGGCUCGCACAGUCGGUCGUCCUCGCACCAAUCACGCAUCACCGCUGUGCGCGCUGUCCACCGUUCGCUCCGCUCGCGUGCUGCGGGCUUCUUCGAGAAGUCUCGCACCGCGAUCGCUCCCUUUGUGACGCCGGACGCUCUCGCCAAGCUCACGGCGGGCGGCGAGGCGGUGCUCGCCGCGCAGUCCAAGCCGAUCGUGCUCGGCCCGCGCGAGCCCUUCAUCCAGGCGACGCUCCGGCCCUACCAGGUCGACGGCGUCAACUGGCUGCUGCGCCAGUACUCGCUCGGCACGGGCGGCAUCCUCGGCGACGAGAUGGGGCUCGGCAAGACGAUCCAGACGCUCGCCUUCCUCUCCGCGCUCAAGGCGGCGAAGCUGCCGGGCCCUCACCUCGUCAUCACGCCGCUCGCCGUGCUGCAGAACUGGGCCAACGAGCUCAAGCGCUUCACGCCGCAGCUCUCCUUUGUCAAGGUGCACGGCUCCGCGAGCGAGCGGGAGCGGCUACUGUCGUCGCCGGCGGUGCUGCAGGCCGAGUACGACGUCUACCUGACGACGUACGACACGCUGCGCGCCGAGGAGGCCUUCUUCUCCGAGGCCUUCCUCUUCCACACCGUCACCAUCGACGAGGGCCACCGCCUCAAGAACGAGGCAUCCUCGCUCUGCGCCAGCCUCGCGCGGCUGCCCAUCCCGUUCCGCCUCCUCCUCACCGGCACGCCCCUCCAAAACAACCUGCACGAGCUCUGGGCGCUCCUCGCAUACGUCAUCCCAAACACCCUCUCCUCCUCCGCGUUCGACGCCGCCGCCUCCGUCCGGCGAGUCAAGUCCGAGGUCGAGACGUCGCUGCUCCCAAAGGUCGAGUUCGUGCUCAAGCCGCCGCUCACGCCGCUGCAGCGCUCGUGGUACCGCCAGCUACUCGGGUCGUCUCGGCUGAUGCAGCUGCAGAAGGUCGUGAACCACCCCAAGGCCAUCGCGCUCACCCUCGACCGCGACCGCGCCGCCGCCGCCGCCAAGCACGCCGCCGCUGCGGGCUCGUCCUUCAUCAAGCUCCCGCCGACAGACAACUCGCACCUGUCGGCGGCGGCGCGGCAGGACGAGGCCGCGCUGCGAGGGCUGACUGGAGAGAGCCUCGUGGCCUCGUCCGGCAGAACUCUCCGCCCGUGGGCCUCCGACACGGUGGGGCACGUCCCAAGACGCCCGCGGCUCCGUCCCGUCAUAGGCAAGCUCGCCAUGCUCGACCGACUCCUCCGCCGGUGCAAGGCGGCGGGCAGCCGCGCGCUCAUCUUCUCGCAGUACACGCUGUCGCUCGACGUCCUCGAGGAGUACGCGCGCUACCGGUGGGGCGACCUUGGCGCGGACCGCGACUGCACACCGGCGUCCGAACCGUGGCGCGUCCGCUCGGCCUACUUCCGGCUCGACGGCACCACCAACCGCAUCGCGCGAGAGAUGGACAUGCGCUCCUUCAACGAGGACGGCUCGAGCGCCUUUCUGUACCUCAUCUCGACGCGCGCCGGCGGGCAGGGGAUCAACCUCGCCACCGCCGACGUGGUGGUUCUGUACGACACGUGCUACAACCCGCAGGUGGACCUGCAGGCGCAGGACCGCGCGCACCGCAUCGGCCAGACGAAGCAAGUCAAGAUCUACCGGCUCAUCUCCCCGUCGAGCUUCGAGGAGCGCGUGCUGCGCCGCGCGCGCCAGAAGCUGCUACUCGACGCGCUCGUCAUCAAGAAGGAGGGCGAGGGCGGCGCCGGCGCCGUCUUUGACCCCACGGCGGAGGAGGCGCCUCCGCUCACCGCCGAGGAGUACGACGCGCUGCUCGACGCCGCCAAGCCCGCCAACGUCAAGGACGAGGCGUCGGCGGCAAAGGUUUUGGCAGCGGAGUCAGAGGCCGUGGCGUCCGAGUGGCAGCCUGCAGCGGCGUCCCGCGACCACUCGGAGCUCGUGACCGAAAUCAAGCAGCUGAUGGUCGCGCGCGGGGUGGGCCAGGCGCAGCUCUACCGCCUGCUCGACAUCAAGAAGGAGUCCUUCUCCGCGUGGCUGACGUGGCGAGAGCGGCCGUCUCUCCCCAAGGCCACCGUUGCGGGCAUCGACGCAAAGGUCGCAGUCUACCUCGCCGAUCCGGCAAACGCGCAGGCGCAGGCAGCCGCGGCCGUCAAGGCGCGCGCAGAACUGGCUUCCGCCAAGGCUGCGGCGUCGGCGACCGAGACGGUGGAGGCGCCCCGCGAGGGGCGGAAGCGCAAGGCAGCCGCGCCCGACCGCUUCUCGCCACCCGCGAAGCUGCACCAGCCAGGCAAGGCGCGCGUCGCGCUGCAGCACGACGACUUUUGCUUCGCUUGCGGCGACGGCGGCGAGCUCCUCGAGUGCACCGUCUGCCCACGCAUGUACCACCUCGCGUGCGUGGGCCUGAGCGCGGUCCCGAAGGGGACGUGGCACUGCCCGUGGCACUCGUGCUGGGAGUGCGACCGCAAGUCGUCGCAAGCCGUGGCGUCCGAGUGGCAGCAUGCAGCGGCGUCCCGCGACCACUCGGAGCUCGUGACCGAAAUCAAGCAGCUGAUGGUCGCGCGCGGGGUGGGCCAGGCGCAGCUCUACCGCCUGCUCGACAUCAAGAAGGAGUCCUUCUCCGCGUGGCUGACGUGGCGAGAGCGGCCGUCUCUCCCCAAGGCCACCGUUGCGGGCAUCGACGCAAAGGACUGCGGCAGACUCAAGUUUGUCGCGCAGGUGAGCCUGCACGACGGGCAUCGCAUGCGGCUGACGUACCUCGGCGUCUUCCCCACCGCGGUGAUGGCGGCGGUGGCGGUCGCCAAGGCGAAGCUGCGCGACGCGGCCUUCCCGGAGCUGGGCGAAGGCUGGCGGCUGCUCUCGAGGCGGCGCGAGGUGCUUGUCGAAGGCAAGACGACCACGCGCGUCAUCAAGUGCUACAUCGACCCGCGCGGCAAGCGCUACUCGUCGCUCAAGCAAGCCAAAGCGGCAGCCGGCUCGUCCUCGGCACCCUCCGGCCGCGCCAGCAGCGCGGAGGUCGCCAUCGACGAGGCCGAUCGGAUGGACGACGGCGCUUCGACAGCCACGUCCGACAGCGCCCCGUCCGAUACGGGCCCCCUCUUCGCCGCCGACGGGGCUUGCGCCUCGGAGGCGUCGCGCUCUCGCGCCAUCGAACCGCCGGUUAACCGCCGAGCGACGCUCGUGGUGGGACAGAAGCAGCGCCCGCCGCUCACGCUCUCGGAGCCGCAGUCCGCGCCUUGGCCACCGGGCGAGGAGCUGGAGAUGCUCGAGCGGCUCGCACAGCUCGAGAAUCGCAGGGGUUGCCUGCUUUGA